AUGAAGGCCGAGUACACUGUGAAGUGCAUCACUUUCAACCUCAGUGAAGCAAAACCAGGCGAGACGCUUUACAUCCACGUGCCCAACCUGAACAGAAACGAAGUCAUCGUGCCGGGAACUCUGGUGCUACGUUUCAACAUCGAUCUGACCGGCGGCCACGCAAACAACUUUAUCGUCCAGAACGUCUCGAGAGUAUUGGUCGACAAGUUCUCUGUGAAAUACGUGGACACUACUCUGCAAGACACAUUGGCUACGACAUUAACAAAACUUUCGAGGAUCUUUUCCUUUCACACCACUUGCGCUAUAACAACAUACUGCUGA